AUGGCCAACAGAGGAAUUUCUUGGGAUGCUACUGUCCAGAUCAUCCAAGAUUUGAAAGAUCAGGGCAGUAUGAGGCUGCCCAAGAUGCACUGUGAUAUGUAUGCCUCGCGUUGCAGUACCCAAACACCAAACUCCACCACGUCCGACGGCGGAGUUGUUCUCAGCGGAAUUCCCAAACACCCAGACUUCCAAUCCCACCGCCAGUGGCAAUGUCGGGAAGGCUACGUCGAGGGGGUGAGUGGUCACAUCUCGGUUCGUGACUCAGAGUUUCCCAGCUCGUUUUGGACCAACCCCUUAGGCCGGCAUUUCGGCCUCUCGAAGAUUAGCGAUAUGAUUCUUGUCGAAUUAGAUGUGUCUGUCCUUGUUAGGGAACGAUCUGCUCCUCCGAACCCCGCCGGUUUUCUCCCGGCUCAUAAAGCUAUACCGGAUGCAUAUGCGGCUUGCCACUGUCAUAGUGUGCAUGGAAAGGAACCUAUCCUGAUCGUCGGGCAGACUGUCGGUGAGGUUACAUCCAUAUUCACAUCCAUGGAGCGAACAUGCCAGGUUCAACUUCUGGCAGAGGAUGCAGCAUAUGGUGAUAGUGUUCCCCGGAAGGUUCUGAUCAGUGACGACGAGGCAAACUUCAACUUCGACAUUGAGAGCGAUCCUGAUAUUUGUCACUGCGAGGUUUAGGUUUACUAUGAU